AUAACAACACAGUAUUAUUCCCAUUUAGAAUUUCUGAGCAUUUAAAAGUAGAAGAAUAAAAUUUUCUUGCUGGAAAAUAUGAAACCCUGAAUUUGUUAAUUGAUACAUUUGACAAGAUGCCUUUCGGAAAAAACUUCAUAACUGUGCAUAAUAUUUUGGAUAACAAAAACACAGGGAAGGAAAAUCAUUUUUUCAAAGCUGCAAAGGAUAAUAAUGUCAAACUCUUGAAAAGGCUAAUUGGAGAAGGUGCUGAUCCAUGUAUGAAAGGUGCUUUGGGGGAAACUGUGUUACAUACCGCAGCUCUGUACAACAAUCUGGAAGCCUUAAUUUUACUGCUGGAUGCAUUUCCUUUUCUAAUCAAUAAACCAAUGGAAUGUGAGAUAUAUAAAGGUGAGACAGCAUUACAUAUAGCGAUUGUAAACCAGAACAUAGAGAUGGUAAAGGAAUUGAUUGCCCGAAAAGCAGACAUCAGAAAUGCUCGAGCAGAGGGAACUUUUUUUGCUCCGAGAAAAAAAGGACACUAUUAUUAUGGAGAAUAUGUAACAUCCUUUGCUGCAUCUGUGGGCAAUCAGGAGAUCCUUCAGUUACUGGUGGAAAGUGGAGCACCUUUGGAUUCACAAGAUAGUCAAGGUAAUACAGUAUUCCAUAUUCUUGUUCUGCAUCUGAAUAAAGUUAUGGCUUGCAAAAUUUAUGAUUUCCUGAUAUCACUAAUUCCUGAAGAGCAAGUGCCACAUUUAGAAAACAUUACCAACAACAAAGGACUAACACCAUUAAAACUGGCAGCUCGAGAAGGUGAUUUAGUGAUGUUUAAAUUUUUUAUGAAAAGGAGAAGACAAGCUUACUGGGCAUUUGGACCACUGACAUCCGCUCUGUAUGACUUGACAGAAAUAGAUUGUUGGAAUGACAGACUAUCUGUUAUUGAUAUUAUCUGUAACAGCAAGAGCCAUACGGCACCACAUCUUUUAGAAAUAACACCUUUGAAGGAACUGCUUGACUACAAAUGGUCCAUGUUCGGUUUUAAAUACUUUCUGCUGUGGACAUUUCUAUACAUCCUAUAUAUUAUAACCCUGACAUUGUGUUGUCUGUAUCGGCCACUUAAGCAAGAGAUGGCUAAUGAAUCAGUAAUGAAGACAACCCUGAUGCCAUUACAUGAGGCUUAUCAAAGCUGGAAAGAUUAUGUGCGAUUAUUUGGAGAAAUAGUUGUUAUACUAGGAGCUGUUCUGAUUCUUACAACUGAGAUCACCCAACUCUUAAAGAAUGGAGCAAAACAUUUUUUUGGAAACACAGUUACUGGGGGACCAUUUCAUAUCAUCAUGUUAUUGUAUGCUGGUUUUAUUUUAGCCGUGAUGGUGCUGAGACUUAUUACCACUGAGGGGGAGACCGUAUUAAUGUCACUGGCUCUUAUAUGUGCCUGGUGCAAUGUCAUCUACUUUGCCCGUGGUUUCAGAAUACUAGGACCACUCUGCAUAAUGAUUCAGAAGAUGAUACUUGGAGACCUUUUACGGUUUUGCAUCAUCCUGAUAUUGGUGCUAAUUGGCUUUGCAGCAGCUUUCCAUGUGCACUUCCAGGCUAUGAAUGUCACCCUAUUUCCAUAUUUCAGUGAUUUUCCAGUUACUCUAUUUACAUUAUUUCAACUGAUGAUGGGUCUAGAUAAUCUUCCAGUACCAUCAGAUGUAAUCAUGCCAAAGAUGAUCACUGUACUCUACAUGGUCUACAUGUUAUUUGCCUUUGUCUUGCUUUUGAACCUUCUUAUUGCAUUCAUGGCCGACACUCAUUUUCGUGUUAACAAGGAACGCAAAAUCUUGUGGCGUGCACAGAUUGCAGCUACAACCAUAAUGUUGGAAAGAAUUGUUCCUAAUUGGUUGUGGCCACGAACUGGAAUACCUGGAGAAAUAAUUGGCUUAGAAGAAGGAAAAUGGUAUCUAAGGGUUGAAGAGAAAAAUGAUGUCUUUGCACCAGACAAAAUUAAAAAACAAAUAAAUCUUGGAAAUUCACAAAAACCUCUUUGCAAGGAAUGGAACCUAGUUCAUACUAACAUUGCUAAAAGAGUGAUGAAUAAACGGAUGCACCAAAGAAUACUAGAUGGUCAGAUAUAAUGCAGUGCUAUCAAUAUGUAUACAUUUUAGCAUAAGCCUUUAUUGCUGCAAUCGCAAGGAUUUUUCUAUUUAGUAAAUAUGUAUGUGAUUAAUUGGUCCUAAUUAAAGGGAUAUGAAACUCACAUUUUUUAAGUAUUCACAAACUAACUACGUUAAACUUGUUAGUGAAUUUUUUUGAUUGUAAAAUGUAUGUUAGAAAAAAAUUCCAGGAUCAUCUUUCCCCCCAUAUUGUUCCCAUAUAAAACAGAUCAACCAGUGUUAGCAAUUUGAUGAAGCCAUUCACUGAGAAAAUUGGAUGUCCUUGCAGUUCUAAGCAUAUUUAAUAAUACCUUUACCUCUGCAUGCUAAGGGGUUAAGUUUCUGUAGUUUUGUGGUAAAAACAGUUGUUUUUUUAAGAAGAACUGUGUUGCUGUGUUUGUGUGUGCAUACGAUUUCCCUUUCAUAUGCCAGACCACCUAAUAAAUAGUUUUAAGGCCCAUUUCACCAAAUGUUAUUGUGUAUGCAUUGAACCAUAAAGCCAGUAAACUUGUCAGCUCCAGAGACACAAAGCAGAACCUCUCCCAAGAGCAAAUUAGGUCAAUAAUAGGACACUAGUACAAUUUAAGAUAUGCUUUUAACACAUUAUAACAUUAGAUCAGGGAAAUAUGACAACCCUGUCAUAUUUGGUACCAAACUAAUUCUCAUCAUGUCCCUGGGAUGUUGCUUAUUUAUAUAGGUGAAUGCACUGAAUUUUCCUAUCAGAAGUGGUAUUGUGUUCUAUGAUUUCAGCCAAAGGUGCUGAGCUUUAUGACUGGCCAUAAAAGAGAGGGGUGGAUAUUUCCCUAGCCCCCCUGCCAGAAGGUUGGCUCAAGCAAUCUGAUAUCAUGGAAAGAGGUAUAAAGUUUUGUGCUUUAACAUGUAAAGUUGUUCAUUCUUCAUGGGAGGCUGUAUGCUGCAGCGUGAGUGACUCACUUCCUGACCCAUCUCCCUGUGGCAGACAGCUAGUAAAGUAUAAAGUCUGUUAUUUCUCCUUUUUAUUUUAAAACUGUUUGCUUGUGUAAGUCUAUUUGUUAACAUCUUUUUUUUUUUUAUUAAUAAUGCAUUGUGCUAAUUUUUCCCAUAAUAAAUAAUUCAGUUAA